GCUCCUUGAAGUUGAAUUGCUUUCCCUUUUCUAUGGCUGUGGUUGCAGAGGAACUUAAUUUAUCCCCAUAACUCUGCAGUGCGCAGCAAGAGAUGAAGAAGGGAUUCAGAAACUUCUGCAAUGGCGUUGCAUCGACAUCCACGCUUAAGCAGGGGAAACCAGAUCACCUCAUCGCGACCACCGGAGACGGAGGAUCUUCCUGCAUGCUGCAGACACCGUCGCUGUGGUCGUCGUCUUGCAUCGAGGACAUGACCACCCUUCACGAUCAUCUGACGGCGCCGGCACCAACUUUGGAGGAGAUGGUAGCGAGGCUAGAUAUGGAGGAGGCGGCGGCGAGGAGGGCCAAGCUGGCCCAGAGGAGGUGGCCGGGACGGUUGAUAGGCUUACCGGAGGAGGAGGAUGAAGAGGAGGAGGAGGAGGCACGGGCGACGACCAUCAGGAGAAGAAUGUCGUGCGUGAACAACUCGGACAUACUGAAGUCCGCCAGGAACGCACUCAACCAAUAUCCCCGCUUCUCCCUGGACGGCAGGGACUCCUUGUACCGGUCGUCUUUCCAGAACCGUCUGGUCUCCGCCAAAUUAAUCUCCGGCAAGCAGACGGAUACUCGCUUCGGUCUGGAGACGGGCACCGGCAAGAACAGGAGCGGUUGUGUGCUGCCGGCGACUCUGGGCGGUCAAACCGUGGCCUGGUGCAAGCCGGGCAUAAUCCCUAAACUCAUGGGCCUAGAGUUAAUACCCGUGCCGUUGUUCUAUCCGACCAGCACGACCAAAUCCAAGCAAAAGAACGGCCAGAGGAGUAGCAGCGGCAAUAGCGUCGGCAUGCUGGAGAAGAAGUCGGCGUGUUUGAAGGGAAGGACUUGCACACAGGCUGGUGUGCACAGUUGCGGGAGAACAGGCGGCCUUCGCCACAUGGGCCGGCCACUACACGGUUUUGAGGCGGCCAAGAAACAAGGGUCAGAUUGGCAUAUAGGUCGCAUUCGUUAGCUCUCAAUGAUUUUCUACAGGGUCUUGAGAGAUGCAAUAUCUAUAUAUAUGGUUGUUCACCCCUUUUCCACUAUAUAUAUAAUCCUUACUUCAUUUAAGUUGCAUCUGUUCUCCACAGAUGCUCACUGAUUUCCGGCUA